AUGACGAUGACACCCGCCGAACUCGAGGCCUACCGCCGCCGCUUCGAAGCCGCGCGUUCCUUCGAGGACGACGACGAGUGGUUCAAGGAGCCGACCUACACCACGAACACCCCGCUUGCUACCGCGACUGCCAACAAGCCGGUUCUCAAGCCGACCGCGCAGAAGUGGUCCUUCCAAGGCAUUCAGCCACCUACCGGCCCUAAGGUUAAGAAGCUCCCCGUGGAGGGCGCUGUUCCUAAGCGGCCAGGUGCCGUGCAGCAUCCAGUUCAGUAUCCGCGCAGUGGUCUUGGUGGUAAUAUGAUGAGCGGCGCUGCAGGCGAGCAUGAUCGUGUCGACUCGAGGGCUAGCAGCAGCGAGAUGGAUGAGCAGUCGCAGGAUGGGUCGGUGGAUAUGAAGCCGCGGUGA